AUGCGGUCCAGCUGGCGGAUUUGCAGGCACCGUUGGCUCCACAGCCAUGUCGGUGACCAGCAGAUGACCACCAAUGGCGCUCGACCGCACCGGUCGAAUGGACUUCAAUGGCCGGCAAUACACCACGCCGGCCGCACCGGUCGCCUUCGACAAUUUCACGCCGCGCACCGGUCAUCCGCAGCCGCUGACCGUCGAUUAUCGGUCGUCGCAAUCGGGUUCGAUCUUCCGGUCAACUCUGCGCACCCAGACGGCAAGGCGGUGGGCCUGUUGCUGUCGGGCGUAAGUCGGUGGGCGAGACGGCCUGAUCACCGCGUCCUUCCGAACGGCGAGACUGCCGCUGGGCAAGGUGCGGUGGCGAAUUUUCGUCAACAUGCCGGCCUGCGCCGAGGAACAGCCAUUGGGAAGCGACCGGCGAUGUCGGGGGCGGCCAAGUUCGGCACCGGCCAUGAGGCGCGUACGGCGCGAUCCGGUCGAGCACGAUCGAGGAUCGAACGCCCACAUCACCGAGGAACUGGUCAACUUGAUCGCGGCGCAGCGCAAAUUCCGUGCGAACGCCAAGGCGCUGAUACCGAGCCAGAUCUCGCAGACCAUCUUUUAACAUCCGCAGCUAAGCGAAUGGUCGGGUAA